AUGGAAAGUGCUGGAACUCGAAUCAUCUUGAAGCAAUUAAAGAAAUACAAUAUCUUGAAAGAUGUUAAAGAGAUUAUUAAAGACCAAGAUAACAAAAGUGUCUCUGUCUUUAAAGAAUUUGGCGUCUCUCAUCUUGAAAGAUUCGAUCCAGGUCAUGUAUCAAAAAUAUCUCAAAAGAUUUUACAAAGUUCUCAGCUUCUCAUAAGACAGUUGAAGUUUUCAACGACAAGACUCAGAAGAUUGAAAAAAUAG